GGCCUCCGCCGCCAGCCUGGGCCGCCCGGCGGCCUCCCCCAGCUCCGGCCCGUCCUUCUCCGCUCGCGCCCCCUCGCCGCCCGAGAACCCGCACGCCGAGGAGCCGGGGGCGCCGCGCACCCGCUGGACACGCGCCGCCGCGGGACCCGCCCCGGUUGGCGCCCCUGCGCGCCCCCUUCCCCGCGCCCGCCGCGCGCCCCUCCCCCGCGCCCGGGUCCCCUGGGCUCCCGGCCGCAGGUCCAGCCCCCGACGCGCUGGGGGUCCCGGCGGAGGGGCCAGCCCGGCAGAGGCGCGACGAUGGAGGAGCAGCCGCGCACCCGCCCGCACACCGUCACCACCACCGCCAGCUCCUUCGCCGAGAACUUCUCCACCAGCAGCAGCAGCUUCGCUUACGACCGGGAAUUCCUCCGCACCGCGCCCGGGCUGCUCAUCGUGGCGGAGAUCAUUCUGGGACUACUGGUAUGGACUCUUAUCGCCGGAACGGAGUACUUCCGGGUCCCUGCCUUUGGCUGGGUCAUGUUUGUAGCUGUAUUUUACUGGGUCCUCACCGUCUUCUUCCUCAUCGUCUACAUAACGAUGACCUACACCAGGAUCCCCCAGGUGCCCUGGACAACCGUGGGUCUGUGCUUUAAUGGCAGUGCCUUCAUCCUGUACCUCUCGGCCGCUAUUGUGGAUGCAUCGUCCGUCGCCCCGGAGAGGGACAGCCACAACUUCAAUAGCUGGGCGGCCUCCUCGUUCUUCGCCUUCCUGGUCACCGUCUGCUACGCUGGAAACACAUAUUUCAGUUUUAUAGCUUGGAGAUCCAGGACCGUCCAGUGAUUAGCCAUUUUGAGAAUUAUGGGGGGAGGCGGGGGGUAAGGAAGCCUCUCACUGUAAAAACAGCUGUAGGUAUACUGUAUAUUUCCAGAGAAUUGUAUUUAACUAAUGUUUUUAUAUACUUAGUUAAAUUUUGCUCACGGUGGUUUGUUACAAUGAAACUGGACCCCUAUCUGCAAAGAGCGAUAGGUUGUAAUGACCUCUUCAGGGUCUUGUCAGAUGUCUUCGUAGACAUUAUUAUUAUUAUUUUCUUAGGUGAUGUAUACAUGGAUAACAUGCUAAUAUGAAGAAUGUGUCAAGUUUGUAAACCUUGAACUUUUAAAAUGCCAGAUUUUUUCGAUUAAAUGUUUCAAAACCUUG